UCUCACUAUAAUGUUAAGGAAUCCCAAUCCAAAAUGUAUAUUGCAACAUUUGCACUCUUCAGAUAAUUCACAUUUGCUAUUAGCAGUCUGUGACCUAUUCAGUUACCAGUCCAUCCCAACGUUUUUUCUGUUCCCAUAUUUUCAGCGUUUUCAGCCUUUUAAAGCAAAUUUGGGGCAUAAAUUCUAAUGAUGCAGUAUUUAUUCAAAUAUUCUAUCGUAUUUAUCAUUUUCUCACUUGAAUUUCUCCUGGGUAAAAGUGACGAUAAGCGGAAUUAUUACGAAAUCCUCGGGUUAACUAAAUCUGCUUCAACAAGUGAUAUUAAAAAGGCCUUUCGCAAACUUGCAGUAAAAUACCACCCUGAUAAAAAUAAAGAUAAGGGUGCACAAGAAGAGUUUGUGAAAAUUGCUGAAGCUUAUGAUGUACUAUCUGAUGAAGAAAAACGCAGGCAGUACGAUAAUGUUGGGCAUGGGUUUUACACACAACAGUCUCGUGGUGGUGGCUCUCCAGAUUUCGACUUCAAUAGCUUCUUUCACAACUUUGAUAUGUUUCGUCAACACAGACGUACUGAUAACUUUGGUGGUGGUUCAUUCUUUAACUUCCACGAUUUAUUUGAAGAUGAUGACGACAACAUAUUCUCAUCAUUUGGUAGUAUGUUCCAGGGAUCUGAUGAUUCUGGUGUACACAAGCGUCGAGGUCAACAAACAUGUCACACUGAAACUAUAAGAAGAGGUAAUACAGUGAUUACUCGAACACAUUGCUCUUAAAUUUCUUCCCUAACAUCCUGGCGAAAUUCAUUUACAUGUUGUGAAAUAUCUGAACUGUUUUUAACCAGAUGAGACGCUCGCCUAUUCAUCAUUUUUAUUUUAUGAAAUGCUCACCAUAAUAUCACUUCCUUUCUUCAUGUACAGUCUGUGAUCAUCAUCUAUUUAAUUCACUCCACAAUGUACAUAGGAGUGUUUUGUUUGGGUCUGUUCAGCUGACACUGGUGCAUAUGCAUAGAAUACAUUGAAUAUUUUUGUGUUUAACAAAGAAUAUGAGUGAAGGUUUUUUUUAAAAAAAAGAGAAGUUUUACACCUUCGCUUUGUUCACUGCUUAAAGUAAUCGGAUGCUGACAACAAAUGUAUGGUCAAGUGGGAUGUAUGUAUGUAUGAAUGUCCACCUGAUGUAAUAUUACAGCUAAUUUACCGUUGUCUUUCUUCUUUUGGUUUAUUCAUAAUUUUUAAAAGAAACUCAAAUAUAGUUCCUACCUUUUUUGUCUUCCUUAUGUUUGCAUUUCUGGGAAGGAAAUAUAUCUCGAAAUUACCUAAGUUAAAAUUAUUGGACUAUUGAGUGCUUUCCCAGUGACUGAAUCGUCAGCCAGCUCGCCUUGUAACCUGAAUGUCCUGGGUUCGAUCCCUGGCGGUGGGGUC